GUUUUAAAAAUAAUUCACGCACGCUUCGCUCGCAGCGUGAUGCAGUCUUCAUGAAUCGGGAUAAAGGGAAACCCGCCGCGUAUUUGUCGAAUUCGUCCAAUACAUUUUGUUUACAUAACAAUUUGUGAAGAUCCAAGUGUUAAUUAUAUUAAAAAUGGUGUUAAACAAGAAUUAGAGACAGUUACAAACAAAAAACAAAGACUAAACAAACAAUGAAUAGAAAAUCUUCGCAGUAAACAACCAAAUCUAAAUUAAAUAAUGAAUUACGAAGAAAUAAUACCGAGCACAGUACUCCACUGGAAUUACCGAGGCUUCACAGAAUUUCCUAUAGAAAAGAUACGAGGUGAAGAAUCAGCGAUAACUGAUAUAUAUUUAAAAGAAAAUCUUAUAUCUCAUUUGCCGAGGGAUAUUGGACUCUUGGAACAUCUUGAGAGUCUAUACAUAAGCGGUAAUGAUAUAGUGGAAUUGCCUAAGGAGAUAUCUAAGUUGCGGUGUCUCAAGUGCUUGGAUGUUAGCGGGAAUAGAUUGAGGCGGAUACCCGACGAGAUUGGAGAUGUGAGGUGUUUGAAAUUUCUUAUAUUGGAUGAGAACGAGCUGAGCGAGCUGCCGCUAAGGAUUGCGGAAUUGAGAUAUCUGCGGUACCUAUCGGUUUGUGACAAUAAACUCCAAUGGCUUCCACAAAAGCCGGUAUACAACUAUCACCACUGCGAGUUCAGAUUCUGGCGAAACUCUGAGCUGACUCACAUGCCUUACUCACUGUGGUAUCAUAUGUUUCGAGAUCAGCAAACUAGAAGUCUUAAUAUAGGCUGUUUGAAGAUUAGAAAAGGUUUGAACUCAAGAGGACAUGGUUGCCAGUUGAAAAUUCAAGACUCAGACUUGACUAUAAGGAUAAAUUUACCACCACAACAUAGAGUAGUAAAACAUUCUAAGAACUCUUCACCGCCUAGUCUGUUUGAAGUAUGCAAAAGAAUAUUUUAUCAAUACUUAUACGACGAGGCUAAAAGUAACAGCAGUCAGCCUUUUAGCAUCUAUUCUAACAACAUGGAGCAUAAGUAUGAAGAUAACAACAAUUUGAGUAAUUUACAAAAUAACUUUGAAGGUUUUAAUAUAAAUAGAAACGAAAAACAUAAUUUAGAUAAAAGAAAACACAGCGGUGAAAUCAAAUCAGACGAUUACACAAAGUUCAAACGAAGAAGAAAUUACUUCACACCCGAUGAUAUUAUUGAAGAACAUUUUAAUUUUUUACCGAUAUUUCUGAAAUCUGAACUUAUGAAUGGACCAAUAACAAGAUGUGAGAACGUCGACUGCAAAAAACCUAUAUUUGACUAUGUUUAUUACGAAUUUUGUCUUGGAAAAAUAAUACUCAUUGACAAUACUGAAGAGGUGAUACUCAGCGCUGCUUUCUGUUCCAAAUCUUGUGCUGAUUUAUGGAAAUGUGGAAAAGUAACGAUACCGUGGACAUUAUUUGGAGAUUCGUGAAGUAUCUGCUACCAGGAGAGAGCAAUGUUUCUUAAUGAUUUUGGUUGUUAUAAUAUGAUCUAGUCUACGUUUGUUGUUAUUUAAAUAAAUAAACUAUUUUAACUGA